CGGCGCGAACGCAGCGCAACAGCGGGCAACCAUCGGAGAGAAUUCGAUAACGUGAACGCAACUCGUUUGUUUCGAUGCCGUCAGCUCGUCAGAACAUUCUGUGUGCGUUUGUAAAUUGUACUAAUUAGGCACGGGCUUGCUGGCAAAACAGUAGCUUCAUCUAUUACUGCCCUAACGCCCAUGUUACACAACGCUGCCGCGGUCCGAUCCGCUCCGUGUUAUCAGUUAGCAUCGAAAGCGACACAGUUCAACGCUUUAAGAGAUUUUAACUAUACAUCUUUAUGUCGUGGUCAUUAUGUACCUAUUAAUUGUCAGUGUGUGCGUGAAGUGGACUUAAAUAGUGGAAAAGAGAUCCAACGAGAUGAUUGUUAUUGUACAGCCAUUCCGUUGGAUUAUGGUCCAUUAUAAAGGUAUAAAUAAAUAAACACAGUAUUGCCGAAAUGGAUCCAAUAUUGGAAAAUGAGUCGGCUACGGCUGAUGCUUCACCCAAAUUCGGAAAGUCAAAACACAAGAAAAAAAGAAUCAUAGAAGCUAACCAGACCGUAGUGGGGGAGAAGAAGAAAUUUGUAGUUACUAAAUUAUCAACGACAGACGACAAAGAUAUACCGUCUACUUCAGCAGCACAAAAUGUGCAUACUGUUCAUUUUGGCACGCGGGGGGUGGAAUCACAAAGACCUCACGUUAGAUCAAUUUUCAAAGAAAAAUCUGUAGAUACAUCGAGAGCAUCUAGUGCUGAGAGAGAACCUGGAGUUGAUGUUAAGGGGUAUGAAACAUUUCAUGGAACAUCAUCGAGUCCACGGAGUUCAAUAUUUGAUAUUUUCCGUCUUCGAAGAAAGAGUGAUUCUAAAAAGCAUCAGUCUUUGAUGCACAAUGUAAAAGCUGCAUUAGGGAAUACCCCUAAAGCUACAGAAGCGCCUGAAGCUCCGAAAGAGCCUAUUGCUGAAGAAUCAAAAGAUUGUCACAAGAAAUAUUAUCAUACUGUAACAGGAGCUUCCUCAAGAAAAUCUAGCCCUAUUACAAGGGUAAUGGAUAUUUUAUGGAGAAAACCUCAAGCGGAGACAAACCAGGCGACCAUUGAUCCCGCCAAAAAGAAAUCUGUUAAGCAACCACGCCGUUCCUCCAUUGGUACUACUUCGCCCACUUAUCAUAAAAAUUCAUAUGCUUCUUUGGAUCCUCUACAAGCAAAACAAUUGUUUAGGGAAGUUCGAGGUCUUCCUAAAUACGAUCCCUAUUUAUCAAUAGUUCAAAUAUCUUUGGGUGGUAGAGACAAGACGAGGCUGUUGUUGAAUUUUUUCAAAUAUCAUAAAUGUUACGAAAUCCUACCAAAAUCUGCAAAAGUAAUAAUAUUUGAUACACAAUUUUUGGUAAGAAAAACCUUUCCUACUCUUAUCUCACAUGGUAUACGCUCUGCUCCAUUGUGGGAUGCUAAUAAAAAACAACUUGUUGGCAUGAUAACAGUUACUGACUUCAUAAGGAUUUUGUUGCACCUUGAAAAGGAAAAAUUACCAGUAGAUGAACUUGAAAGGCAUUCACUUCAUAACUGGAAGAACAUAUUGCGACCAACCAGGAAACCUUUGUGUAGUGUUGGCCCUGAUCAAUCUUUACAUGAAGCUAUAAAUAUGCUGAAUAAGAAUCGCGUGCACAGACUUUUGUUAAUUGAUCCAUUUAAUGGAGAUGUAUUGUAUAUUUUGUCCCACAAAAGAAUUUUAAGAUUCCUGUUUGUCUAUCUAAAUGAAUUUCCAGAAUUAACGUUUUUCCAUAAAACUUUGACUGAACUGAAAAUUGGCACAUUUGAUGAAAUUGUAUCCGUGACAGAUAAUACUAGUAUUAAAGCAGCAUUUCAGCUCUUAUUAGACAAAGAUAUAUCAGCCUUGCCUGUUUUAGAUGACGAAGGCAAGUUAAUCGAUGUUUAUGCUAAAUGUGAGGUAUUGAAUUUAGUUAGCGAAAAACUUUAUUCUGAUUUGUCAUUGACAAUAGGUGAAGUAAGAAAUAAAAAGAAAGACUGGGAAGAAAAAUUACAGAAAUGUCGAUCGAGUAUUUCGUUAUACGAGGCCUUAGAAGUCAUAGUUAGGACAGAGAGUCAUCGAUUAUUGCUAGUGAAUAAGGAUAAUAGACUAAUAGGAAUUGUUUCGUUGUCAGAUAUUUUAGUAUAUUUAAAUAGAAUUAUUCCAACUGAGAAGAAAGUUUCGUCACUACAAGAGAUAUUUAGACCCCUGGAGGAAAAUAAAGUUGACGAAUCAGCAAAAGAGACCGAGAAUGAAAUAAUAUCUAUUCCGGUACCAAAUUUAGGACAACAAGCAUUAUCUGAGGGCGAUGAAAGUGUCCCCGAAGUAAAUGACAUCGCAAUCACCCCAGAAGAAAAAGAAAGCGCUGACGUAGAAACAACGACCAAAAGUGACAUAGAAGUGGAAGAGACUUAGUACAAAUAAAAAGGUUUAAUAGUUAUUUGUUUUACAAGGGGGCAAAGUUGUUGUUUAGCCGCUCGUGCUAAUAUUGAUACCCGAGCAAGCGAAUUAUUCCAAAAUUGAACCACGAGAGUAGCGCUUGGUCCUAAUAGUGGAAUCUUGAACGUUGCGAGGGUUUCAAGGCACGAGGAUUAAACGAAUUUUGCUACCGAGUGAAACACAAUUUUUUUACCACACCAACGCGAGGAUAAUACUAACUGUAAAACAUCAAACUAAAUCAAACCAAAUAGAAACCAAAUGAACGUUAUUAAAUGGCUAGUGGAGCUGGUGUGGUGAAAAUAAAUAUGCACAGCCUCGUCUAAAUACUAAUCUUAUUUAAUGUUGAUGAAUAUGCUCUUUUGAAAUGGAACGAUAAGAACAAAUAUUAUUCCAAAGAAAAUGUGAUAGGUGGAACCGCCGAAUCAGUGUAUUAAUCUCAUAGAUCGCUUUAUGCUUGUAUUAAAUUAUAAUAAUGUAAUUUAACUUCUUAAUCGUUAAUAGUUGCAUCAAAAUACCACGUGAUUGCCUUAUUCAUUAUUUAAUUUAUGAUUAACAAUGCUGAACCCAAUAAAAUAUUUUAGCAAA